GAAGUGUGGUGCUGGUUAAUGUGCAAUCUGUCUGGGAGGGGAAGCUCUGUUUGCAAAUGAGUUCUCUAAUGUUUCAUCCUGUUCCUUUGUGCUCGUGUUGUAGCUCGCAGGAACGAGCCUCUCUAGAAACCCUGUCCUUUAAGCAAUGGUCUCGGUCUAACUUUGGAAAACCCUCUGGCAGCUACAGUUGAACAUCUGAGGAAGUUUCACAUAAGUUUCAGAAUGGCUGACUACAACUCUGAACCACAAGCGCCUGGCAAACUCAACCAAGUUCAGGAUCAAGUCAAUGAUGUUAAAGUCAUUCUCAAAGACAACAUCAACAAAGUCCUGGAGAGAGGAGAGCGGUUAGAUGACCUGAUCGGCAAAACAGACGAUCUGCAGGCCACGGCUGACUCGUUUCAAAGGACGUCCACGCGUGUUGCCAGAAAGAUGUGGUGGAGAAACACCAAGAUGAUGAUUAUAAUUGGUGUGGUAGUGCUUGCCGUCAUCAUUUUAAUCAUCCUGUUGGCAACUAAAGUCAUUCCCACCUAAUACAACCCAUUUUAUUACAAUACAAGUACACUACGCAUUAAUGACUUUUUUACUAUGAAAGAAACUGGAUGCAUGUAUAGGUAAUUUUUGACAUUUCCUGUAUAAUUCUAUAUAAAUCUGGGGCCAAUAUGUCAGGGGUGUAUGCAUAUGCAUUAUGUGGUUUUUACUCGUUUAGGCUGUUAUCCUAAUAUAAUGGGACUGAAAGCAACAGAAUUCAUUGUAAGUGAAAAAUGUUUCAGGAUGUCUUGCUUUGAGACUAACUGCUGUGCUUGACAUUCAUUCCAAAGACCUCAAAAACCAUUUCAAUCCUAACUACAUUUCAUUACACACCUGCAUACCUUCAUUACGGCGCUAAAGCUGUGAAUAUGACAGUGACUCGUAGGAUUCCUGGAACAUUUCUCAUGCUUCAACUACUGUGAAAUCACUCUGUGCUCGUGAAACUGAUUUUAUACCUUGGCAAAGUCUAGUCUGGGUUGAAUUUAGAGUUUUUCUUGGUAUCUUUACAUUCAAACUCUUAGUGUAUCAGUCAGUAGCUGUCUUUGUCAAGAGGACGUAUGGCCUGUAUAGAUAAUAUGUUCUAUGGGAAAUACUGAUUGGCAUGUACUUAUUGUGUAAACAUAGCUGCAUGACAGAAGUAAGCCUUUAAAGGAACAGUUCACCCAAAAGUGAAUUACUUUCCUACUGGAAACAAUAUAAUGAAAGAGAAUCUAGACUAUCACACUCCAAAAUGAGCACCAUGUAAGUAUAGUCCUUAUUACUCAAAUCGAAAUAGUGUAGGAUUUACUCUAAACAAUUCACAAUCAGAAAUUUCUAUUACAUUUCAUGAAUAAUUACAUUGAAUUUAACGUCAUUUUUAAGUAUAACGACCGAAAUGUAAUUUUACUGUAAAACGCAAUCCAAUGUUUAAUUGACUAAAUAUAAUGGUAAUGCUUCACGUAAAGCCUUUAAGUAUAAUGCACUAUAAAUGUAUUGAUAAUGUGCAUUGCAUCUUUUCAUAAACUAUUGCAACCACAGAGAAAAUGCAUUAUUAUUUGAAGGGUUUGUUGUGUUUUAAGCAUUACACUUUCUGAAGGUGUGACAAUAAAUCGAGAAGUAUUAUAACUGUGGUUACAAUUACUCAUGAGACCAUGCAAGGCAUUACAAGCUGCAUUUCUAGGCAAAACUAAUGCAUUAAAACUACUUUUAUAGUGCAUUAUGAAUUGUGCUCGAAAUCCAGUUAAUUUCCCUUUUAUUGUCUGGAAAAUCUAAUUAUGCUUUUUUUGUUAGAGUAAAAGACGACAGUCUUCAUUUUUGGGUGAGCUAUGACUUUAAUCUCUGCAGAAACAACAGGCGUAAAGGUUCAUACACUUUAUUUUGUUGUAUUUUCCAAUGGUUUACAUGACUCUCGCAAAAUACUGCCAUAUGAAAUGAAUAUUAAAUGUCCUACACUCUGUACGCACUUGUAAGCAAUAAAUUAAUAGAUCUGUAUAUAAAUAAUUUCGAAAAUGAUUUGGGCUCUCUAUAGUUCAUUGUACUCAACAACACAGCAGGGAAUACGAUUAUAAACGUACACAAGCUACAACAAAUUACACACAAAAACAAAUAUUCUGGACGUUACAGUUCAAAAUAACACUUGAAAUAUUCUUUAGCGCGUGUCCUUUAGAUUUGAAACAAACUGGUGAAUUAAAUGGCGACCAAAGUGUAGUACCGUGUUGAUCAACUCCAUAUUUAACAAGUCUGGCCCUCUUGUUUUCUCCUCUCAGGGUUGACUUGCGUUUCGCUCGUCCGUCUGAAAAACAAAAAAGAAAAUAGCAAUUACGCUUCAGAAGGACACAAACUCAUAAAAUGUACAGGAAUCCCAAUUCUAUAAUAAUUUCAAUAAGGAGACAAGACAUGACUUUGAAAUCGAAUAAUAGCAAAUACAAUAGUGUUAAAUUAAAAACUUGUGGAAUCGUAACAUUUAACGCGCAACCUUGAAUCGAUGGAAAUUGAAAGACAAAAAGGAAAGCAUAGCAAGCAUAACAAUAUGACCUUUCCAAGAUUUCUAAAGGUUAAAAAAGAGAAUCCGUUAGAUGAAAUUAACACGGUUUACAGGUGAAGCUUUUUCCACCGCUGUCAGUAGAAGAUCACACAGUACAAAUAUAAAAAAAGCACUUCUCCAGCGCAGCGGCAUCCAAGUACAAACCGGCUUUUAGCUCAUGGACUACAGGAUAUUACAGCUACACGAGCUACAAGUAAAGAAAAGCAAGCAUUACAGGUAAGAUUAGAUUAGAAGUGCAUAUUAACACUGGAAAGUCCAGAGAAAGCCGUAUCCUUCAAAAAGUGAACAGUUAAUUUUGGCUCUCGUCUCAUAUUUUACCAUUACUUGAUGGUGCCUGGAAAAAAUGCCAUUACAUUAUAUAUUAUUACAUAAGACCAAUAACAAGAGGUUUUAAGAGGAA